UUCAGUCGCUUUUGACAUUUCGUGGUGAUUGCGUGCGAGUGCGGUUUGUCCGAUUCGCUGUCGAGUUCGAAUUGUAGAUUCCGAGUGCGGGUCAGUCUGUCCGAAAUCAAAAACACAGUGCGCAAAUGGCUGAGAGUAAGGGUUCGUUAUUAGCAAAAUCCGUGCAGAAACAUGCAGGUCGCGCAAAAGAAAAGUUACUUCAAAAUUUGGGAAAAGUAGAUCGAACAGCAGAUGAAAUCUUCGACGAGCAUUUAACUAAUUUCAAUCGGCAACAAGGCUGCGCAAAUAAAUUGCAGAAAGAAUUCAACAAUUAUAUAAGAUGCAUCAGAGCUGUGCAAUUAGCUUCAAAAAGUCUUAUGGAUGCCAUAUCUGAAGUUUACGAGCCACAGUGGACUGGAUAUGAUGCGUUAUUUGCACAAAUAUCAGCUGCCGAAGCACUUUGGCAAGAUUUCUCACACAAAUUAGGCGAUCAAGUUCUAAUACCACUCAACACGUAUACAUCACAAUUUCCAGAAAUGCGAAAAAAAAUCGAGAAAAGAAAUAGAAAGUUAAUCGACUAUGACGGACAGCGGCAUUCAUUUCAGAAUUUACAAGCAAACGCAUCGAAACGUAAAGAUGAUGUUAAGUUGUCAAAAGGCCGCGAACAAUUGGAAGAAGCUCGACGCACAUAUGAAAUUUUAAAUACUGAAUUGCACGAUGAAUUGCCAGCCCUUUAUGAUUCAAGAAUAUUAUUUUUGGUUACAAACUUGCAAACUCUUUUCGCAUCGGAACAAGUAUUUCAUAGUGAGACAUCAAAGAUUUAUGCUGAGCUGGAGGCAAUCGUCGACAAACUUGCUACUGACUCACAGCGAGGAUCGUAUACAUUAAAGAAACCAAAAAGCAACGCGUUCCCAAGCCCGACCUCAAGCCCAACAAAGUCAUUAAACAAUGCCGUGAAUAAUGUUUACCCGAAUGUUAUCACAAAUGGAUCGAGCAAUGCAAAUAGUCCAGCUUCAACUACAUCCUCGCCAAGCUCCUCUCAGCCCGAAGAGCCAAAAUCACAAACACCAUCCCCAUCACAGCAACAUAAAGAAAUUGACGAGGAUAAAACUGAAUCAACUAGUGAUAAAGUCGAGCCAUCCUAUCAAAAUGCGGCUGAUGUUGUUGCUGAAGUCGAAGCCGUGGCUAAUCGAAGGAAAUCUUCAAAUUCCACAAAGGCCGAGGAAGAACUAAAUAACACAAAUGCUAAUAUUACUGAGCCAGCUUCCAUCGAAGCAGCGGCGCCUACUAAACCUGCGGAUGGCAAUCAACAGAAGCCUGCUAAAACUGAGCAUGCAAACACUAAUGGAAACAUUGAAAAAUCAACGGACACAAAAAAAUCUGCUGCUUCAUUAGGUAAUAACAAUAAAAUGGAAGAGUUGUACAAUAUACCUGCAGGCGCCACAACAACAGAUCUCCCACCGGGCGUUCUGUAUCGAGUCAAAGCAACCUACGCUUAUGUGAAAGAAGACGUUGACGAAUUAAGUUUCGAAGCGGGAGACAUCAUUCAAGUAAUUGAAUACGAGGACCCUGAAGAUCAGGAGGAAGGUUGGUUAAUGGGAACGAAGGAAGGAACAACGGAAAAAGGACUGUUCCCUGCAAACUUUACCCGUCCGAUAUAAAAACGCUGGCCAAUGGAAUAGAGUGUGCACUCGACACAAUUCGAACUAAAUAAAACAAAAAAUUAACAUAUAAUACUCGUUGAAUGAAAGCAGUUAGAAAAGUAUAUUAAUUGGAUGAGGAAAUUGAGGCCUAACAUACUAAAAUCUCUACUAGCAAGAAGCCAAAAAACAGCGAAGAAAGUCAGUCAGUUGAUCGAGGUACACACUCAUUCUUUGUUAAAUAUUUUAAGAAUAUUUUGUUUGUUAUUAAAUCUAAUAGUUAAUUCGUAUCUUCCAAGUAAGAGUAAACCCCUAAACAUAUUUUGUUUCAUCUGAAUAUUUCAUAGUAGUUUUUUAUUUGUGCAUUGUUUUGUUGCAAGAUUCUCGUAAUUGUUUUAUUUUUGGGUUUUGUUCAAGUGAUCCAAAUAUAUUAUCUCGAAGUAUAAUCAAAAACCAAGUAGAUAUUCAGUUGAGUCAUCGUAGAUCAGUUUAGUGUCGUUCUAGUAUCUUUAUUAACUUACAAAUAAGCAAAGUACAUCAGCAAAUUGAAGGAGUUCAAGUAACUUCAAAAGCCAUUUUUAUACUUCCGUAGAAAUUGAAAUGAAACAUAUCCAAAAUAUUCAACAUUUACACAGUAUCCUUCGAAGUGGCAUAAUAAUACAUGAAAAGUUAAAAUCUGUAUUUCUUCUUAAUUUUUGUUGUUUUGUCUUUUCAGUAAAUUUCAUCUAUUUAAAUGUUUUUUAUUUAUGAUAUUAUGUUAAUUCCCUAUUCGUCCGCAAGAUCAAAAGCCAAUAAUGAGUAUGAUGCAAUUUUAUUUCAUCUUGUAUUAUUUUAUCUCUAAUUUAACUUUUAAACGUAACAAAAACUUUCAAAGUUGUUAUGAAGAUACACACAUUUUAAAAAUAAAGAUUGUCAUAUUCUUAGAAAGUUUAAAUAAUAACAAUUA